AUGCCAAAUGAUGCACACAGAUUUAAUCUAUUGCGAAUGGACAUUGAAAGUGUCCUGAGACCAUUCGACGAGGAACGAGAAUAUUUGCGAAAACUUCGUCAAUCAUCGACCGUUGAACCAAUUCUAUUGCGUCUGUUUGAUCUAUUAAAACCUGAUGAUUAUCGUUUGUUAUUUUCGACUAUCAAUCGACAAAAAUUGGAUUAUAAAUGGUUAGAAACAUUCAGUAAACUGUGUAUGCAACGAUACUUGGAUCUCGAUGAUAUAUUUUUCUCGGAGGAAACCUUAUCGAAUCCAAUUCGGUCGGAAUCACAUUCGAAUUCCAUUCUCGAAAACUACACGAACUAUCUCAUCGAAAACUUUAAGAACUUCUUCACAAUCCAACAUUUUCAUGCAAUCAUCUACGAAUUAGAACAAUUGAAUCAUUUCAAAACUGAACAAAUCUCGAAGCAAUUGAAUGAGAACAAUCAUAUCAUACAAAAAUUGUUUUUGUUAUUCAAUAAUAAUCCUCAAUUUUAUGAUGAUUCAAUCAUCCACCUCAGUUCAACACCUGCACAGCCCAUUUAUGUCAAUUACAAAGCGACACACAUGAUUUUCCUGCGUACAUCGAUUCUCGUUCAAAAUGAGCACGAUUCGCACCUGCCAAGCAAAGGAAUCACGAAAGCAUUUGUCGCUGAUUUAACCAAUACCAAGAAGAUCGAGAUAUUCGACGAAAGCACGAAUAAAACGUGCGAAAUUCCAACGAAAUGGCUUUAUUUCGGCAAAGCAUGUGAGAAGAACAUUAUUUUGCCAUUGAAGCUACGCGUGAUGAUCAUCGAUUGUCGAACAAAUCGACGUCGUUAUGGGCUCAUCGGUGAAGAACCUGGCAAACAAAAUCAUUAUCGUUGUCUGAUCUUUUUUACUGACGAGAGUGCGAAUGUAUCCGCGGGUUAUUAUCUCUCAUCGGAAGUUCAUAUAUGUCUUGAUCAAAUGUUUGAAUGUGACAAUGAGUUUUUGAACUCGUACUUUAAAUCCUAUCCGGAACGGUUAAUGUUACGUGCCAAGGAAGGAACAACUGUGAAAGUUCGCAAUGGCAAUCGAAACAGUUUCGUUCAAGCCAUCGUCAUUCAAAUCGAUUGUUCGAUGAUGUUAAUCGAGCUGAAUAAUACCAAACAACGUAUGUGGCUCUAUCGUGGUUCGACAUUGAUUGAACAAAUGAAUACGUAUUAUGUAACACAGAAUAGAGUCGAUAGGAAUGGACUGGGUAGACAUUCGGCAAGACAACAUCUUUCAGCAAGAAAAACAAAUGCGCCAGAAAUUAUUUGUUUGAAUGAUCAAAUGAAAACAAAAACUGCUCGAACUGCGGAUCAAGCAAUCGAUGAGACAAGACCUAAAAAACGCGCCCGUUUGCCAUCUGAACAUUUACCACACGAAUCUGCAUUAGUUCCAACUGAAUCUCAUGUACUUCGAUCUUCUUCGGCCAACAGUAUUCCAGUAGUAGAUCACAUCGUCACAUCUGUUCAAUCACGUUCGACUCAUGCACAUCCGAAUCCGAAGAUUGUGAUUAAUCCAAUAUUUCUUGAAUUAACAGAAAACUUUCUUUUACACUAUUCCAAAGACUUCAAUCCGCAUUAUUGUUCGCCGAAGUGCGUUAUGCAUGCUGAAAAGUACCUUGCACAACUACCAAGAACCAUGAAUCCAUAUUUGAAGCCAGUCGCCUGUCAAUGGACAAUUCUCGAAACAAUACGGAUUCGGAAAGCUAACGAUGUUCGCGUUAAGAAUACGCGACCGAUUUUAAUCUAUCGGGCGCCAUGCGGAAGAAAGUUUUUGAAUGAAACACAAGUGGAUAAUUAUCUUACUGAAACGGAGUCUAAACUAUCGAUUGAGUUAUUUGUCUUCGAUAGUUUAGUGAAUAUCAAACAAUGGUAUUGUUCAGAUGGGAAACUGAUCACUUCUGAUAUAUCAAAUGGUCAAGAGAAUGUUCCGAUUUCCGCUGUUAAUGAAGUUGAUGAGGAACGGCCAAAUACAUUUACUUAUCGUGUUGAACGAACACCUGUCGAAGGAGUCGAUAUGGUUCUCAAUGAAUCAACGAUGACUUGUUGUUCAUGUACAGAUGGAUGCCGAAAUCGUACUCAAUGUGCAUGUUGGUUACGCACAUUGAAAUAUGCGGAAUUGAUCGGCGAUGAUCGCGUGAAGGCAAUGAAGAAGAAAAAUAAGAGCCAGGCGGAAAUUCUGUAUCAACUGGGUUACGGUUUUCGGCGUUUACAUAAAAACGCACCCGGUGGGAUAUAUGAAUGUAAUAGUAGAUGUUCAUGUAAUAAAGAAACGUGCUCAAACCGAGUUGUACAAAAUGGUAUCAUGGCCCAACUCCAGUUAUUUAAAACUGUUGGUCGUGGUUGGGGCGUUCGAACCUUGCAUGAUCUUCCGUUAGGGACAUUCGUUAGUGUGUAUUCAGGUGAAAUAUUCACCAGCGAACAAGCAGAUGAAAGAGGAAAAUUGAUUGGAGAUGAAUAUCAAGCAGAUUUGGACUUUUUCGAAAAUAUAAAUGACGAUUCUGAUGAAGAUGACGAUAGCGGUGCAAAUUUAUCAUCCGAAGAUGAAGACGAAGAAAACAAAACUCCUCUAAAUAAAUCUCGUUCGAGAAAUCUACGUUCACAUGGCAAUUCGAAUAAGAAAACAACGAAACAAUCUUCCAAGACAGAAGACGACGACGACGAUGAUGAUCAAGGGAAAACAAACAACAAUUCAAUAUUGAAUCGAACAUGUUUACCAGAAUACGAUGGAGUUGUAUAUACACUUGAUGCAAAACUAGUCGGAAAUAUUGGACGAUAUUUUAAUCAUUCCUGUUCCCCAAAUAUCGCCGUACAAAAUGUUUUUGUUGAUACACACGAUAUUCAUUUUCCUUGGAUCGGAUUUUUCACAACGAAAACAAUUCGCGCAGGAACCGAAUUAUGCUGGGAUUACAACUAUACAGUUGGCGAGAUAGCUGGACGUCGAAUGGAUUGUAAUUGUGGUUCAUCCGAAUGUCGACGUCGAGUUCUCUAA